AUGCAGAAGGGGUGUGCGUGUCGCUUCCUGUACGGCCCGGACACGGCCGAGGAACACCGCCAGCAGAUCGAGCUGUCGCUCGAGAGCAAGACUGAGCUGAAGCUCGAGGUCAUGUUCUACAGGAAAAACGGCUCGCCCUUCUGGUGCCUGCUGGACAUCGUGCCGAUCAAGAACGAGAAGCGGGAGGUGGUGCUCUUCCUGGCGUCGCACAAGGACAUCACGCCGACCAAGGUGGCGCAGAUGUCCUCCUUGCCGUAUGAGGAACCCGAGGAGGAGCGGUUGUGCGGCGACGGAGAGCACGAUCCGAACGGUAACGAGCUGGACGUGGAGGCUCCGCCGAUCAACUACCAGCGGCGUCGGUCCCGCGCCGUGCUCUACCAGCUGUCCGGACACUACACCCAGGAGAGGAAGUCCAAGAUCAAGCUCAAUAACUCACUGCUGCAGCCGGGGUCUACAGCACCCUUGCCCGAGUACAAAACUUGCGCACUCUUGCCCGAGUACAAAACUUGCGGUCGAUGUUACAGUCACUGCUGCAGCCGGGGUCUAUAG